UUUCUUCAAAUAAAAGUGAGUCCUGCCAAAGUGUACCAUACCAGAACUCCUGGUUUUCAUUAUAUACAAUACCAGGGCCAAAUUUGGUUAAAGCUAAAUUUGAUAGAGUAUGCUGUCUUGAAAUUAGAACUGCUGCUGUAGAAGUAAUAUGCUCU